UGGAAUGGUACCUGAAGUACAGAUGAAAACCAGUUUGGAGCUACCUGUUGGGGGGGGGGGAAUAGAAAUUAUUUUUUAAAAAUCAAGUCAACAGAGAGUGUGAAAGAGAGAAAGAAAUGAAGUUAAAAGGUUAGACAAGCCUCAAUAGCAGUAACAACCCAACACUCUCCUUCCCCAUGGCUUCCAGAUGUCCUCCUGAUGACUUCAAAAUCUAUUAUGUACUCACAGAAUGUACAGAUUAUAGUGACAGCAGCUCUGCCAAAGAGUCUAACAUGGCCCAGCAGCACUCCCAAGGUGUGACAGGUCUUCGUAACCUAGGCAACACAUGCUACAUGAAUGCCAUCUUGCAAUGUCUCUGCAGUAUCACUCCAUUGGUGGAGUAUUUCCUUUCCGGAAAGUACAUCACCGCUCUCCAAAAAGACAGUGGUGAGGCUGCCACUGCUUUUGCAUACCUGAUGACAGACAUGUGGCUUGGAGACUCAGAUUGCGUCUCACCCGAAGUGUUUCGGACAGCCAUUGGAAAAAUCUAUCCAACAUUUCUGAAGAGGACACAGCAAGAUGCCCAGGAAUUCUUGAUUUAUGUCCUGAAUGAACUUCAUGAGGCUUUGAAGAAGUAUCGUCGGAAAAAACCCCACGAGAAAGUAACUACAAAGUGCUACAGGAAGGUGGCUUCCAGUGAAUCCUCCAUCAUCACUCGGCUUUUUGAAGGGCAGCUCAAUUACGACAUCGUAUGCUUGAAGUGCGAAAACUGCACCUAUAAAAACGAAGUCUUCACUGUCCUGUCCCUUCCGAUUCCAUCAGAGUGCGAAUGUUCCCUUCAGGAAUGUCUUGGAUGCUUCUUUCAACAAGAUACACUCACCUGGAAUAACCAAAUUCAUUGUGCUUUCUGCGAAUCCAAGCAAGACGCAGCUGUCAGAGCUAGUAUAGCCAAAGCACCAAAGACAGUUAUUUUUCACUUAAAGAGGUUUGACUGUCAGGGUAGAAUGAAGAGGAAAUUAAGGACAGAUAUCCAUUACCCACUCAACAACUUGGAUCUUUCUCCUUAUAUUUAUCCACUUUUUCGGAAACAUCCUAAAUACAGCCUUUGUGGAGUGGUGAACCACUUUGGUGAUCUAGAUGGCGGCCACUACACGGCAUUCUGCAAGAACACAGUCAGCCAGACCUGGUAUAGCUUUGACGACACUCGAGUUUGUGAGAUUCCAGAUUCUUCAGUCCAAACCGCCGCUGCAUACCUCCUCUUCUACAGUUGUCAGCCUUUUUCUAUACCUACCCCAAAAUGCAAGUGCUAGGAAAGCGUUUUCUGAACACUGCGGAGCAUUAGAUCACAAAUCACAGUGGUAGCCGUUUUGCUUAAAAUUAAACCUGUGCAUCUGAUAUGA